CGAAUCUCCGAUGAUGAUGGAGCUUUGAGCUAACUAAGGGAAAACCGAUUAAUCUCCCUUUCGCGUGAUGAUUGUCCAACAUAAUCACAUAUGCCGAUCUAGACUGCUCUCUGUCAUGGCUGUGAUCUCAGGUCUGCAAGUCUCAGGGAUCAUUUGCAUCAGUUUGUUCUGUGCUUUACAGUCCUUAAAGCUGCAAUGAAAUUCAACAAAUAUUCCCCAUACAGUCCGUGAGACUUGCCAGCGCUCUACAUCUUGAUUCCAUCAUGUCGACAUCAGCAGAUAAGGAUGGCGUCAAGCCACCACCACCAUUCUAUCUCAGCGAAAAUUCAAAGCGAAUCAAGGACAAAUCUCACUCCACUCCUUCAGUUUCCAACCUCUCUCGUCCAUCCACUGCAGGAACUGCCGCAAGUUCUAUCGUCAACCCUUUCUCUCCACCUGCCAGCAUCAUCAGCUUUAGCGUUGAUCCCAUAACCAACGCCUCGAUGCCCAUUGCCCCAACAGGACAACAAGAGGGUCAAGAUCCUGUACCUCGUCUUGGCGUGACCGCACUUCCUCGCAGUACAUCGUACUAUGGCACCCGCCCGAACACUGGGGAUAACCCCAGUCGCGUGACCUCCGGUAUUCGUCUUCGUGAAACCUUCGCAGCACCACCAGCUCGUCCCUUGACAGCAGUCUCAACCUCUGUGAGCCUAGCUCCAAGCAAGACAACCCGGAUGCGUUCUACCAUGCUUGAAGAUCCAACCACCUUGGACAAACCUUGGGUAACGACGAAAGACCCAUAUGCAAGGAUUGCCUAUCUCUUGACUUACUCGGUAGCAUUCCUUGGCAUAGCAGCAUCUGCUGUGCGCUGUUACUUUGGUUAUAAGAGCGUACAAUUGAUCACUGGUAACUUGUGCAUGGUGUUGGAUGAAGAUUUUACUUCCGACACCGAUACGACUUUCGGACCUAACGGAAACUGGUUCCGUGAAGUGUCAUUAGGCGGAUUUGGGAACGGCGAGUUUGAGAUGACAACGUCGUCAUCAAACAACUCAUACACGUCCGACGGAUACCUUUACAUAACACCUACCUUGACAUCGAACAUGAUCGGCUCGGAUGCUAUCUUCAACGGUUAUACAUACAACCUUACCGAUUGCACGUACAACGUGACGAACCCGGAAGCAAAUCCGGGCUCAACAAACACCACAACCUUUGACGCUACUGCCUACUAUCAAUCCUGCGGUGCAGUAAGCAACAGUACCACUGGCACGAUAAUCAACCCUAUACAAAGUGCAAGGAUCACCACACGUAACUCAGCUAGUAUGCGAUAUGGCCGUGUUGAGGUGGUGGCCAAGGUUCCACGGGGUGAUUGGCUCUGGCCUGCCAUUUGGAUGCUUCCUGUGAACAACACCUACGGACCAUGGCCAAUGAGCGGUGAAAUCGACAUCAUGGAAUCACGCGGAAACGGUCCCAGCUAUCCUGAUCAGGGUAUCAACUAUGUCCGCGGAUCACUCAACUGGGGACCCCUGUCAUUCUUGAACGCCGUGUCCAAGACUUUCGGCUGGUGGACACAGAGACGCACCGACUAUGGGGAGGGCUUCCACACCUAUGCACUGGAGUGGACAGACAGUUUCCUUCGCAUUUACGUUGACACUCGUUUGCACUAUAUGCUUGAUCUUUCGUUCAACGAGCCCUUCUUUUCACGUGGAGACUUCCCUGCUGUGGUCCAAAAUGGAUCAGAGCCCAUUGUUCUUCAGAACCCUUGGAUCAACGGGACCAAUGCAACACCUUUCGACCAACCAUUCUAUCUCAUUAUUAAUCUCGCAGUUGGCGGGACUAACGGAUGGUUCCCCGAUAACGCAGACAACAAGCCAUGGCUGGAUAACUCGCCAACAGCCAUGCUUGAUUUUGCGCAGGCACAGGAUACGUGGUACCCCACCUGGGGUUCAGACGGGGAGAGUGGUUCGUUCGUUGUGGACUCCGUCAAGAUGUGGGAGCUCUGUUAGUAGAGCCAUGUAAAACCUCGGAUUUAAGAUUUGGCCAUAUCUCAUCAUAUUAUAGACUUACCUCGAUCAUAUCAUGUGGACAUUGUGGCAUAGUACCUUGCAUAUCGUUGUAAUUCGCUAUUCCUGAGUUCUUGUUUAAAUACCCAUUAUAAAUUAGCGUUUGUCUUCAAUAGUCAGGACUGGAAAUAAGAAAGACAGUUGUUCCUUUCUUUGAUCGAGAGUUAGCGUCUGGGUGAGAAGAAACGGGAACUCGCUCCACGAUUCGUUGGGAAUUGGGGACGAGCGAUAUUUUCAUCGAAGGACUGCUGAUCACUUGCGUCACAGGUAAAAGACAGGUCGGGAAAAGAGCCGACUGGCGGGGCCUCUUCGAAGUUCGAGAUGCACGUAGGUGCAUCAGUGAGGUCCGGGACCGCAUGCUAGGCUGGACGAAUCUGU